CGCAGCUGCGGCUCCGCUCAUUUCCUAGACACCCUCACACUUCUCAGGCCCAGGAGGGAGACAACAGCGGACAACGCCUGUCCCAGCUCUGAAUGCCCAAGGAGGAGGUCGCUUCGACCGAGUGGCAGCUCUCGAACAUGCAGAAGGCAGCCCUGCUAGCCAUGGGGAUGGCUGCUGGAGGCAUCCUAGCUCCAAGUUUAGCCCCCAUGAUCUUGGGAGCCUUGGGCUUCACCAAGCUCGGCAUUGCCGCCGGCUCCAUGGCAGCGAGCAUGAUGUCGGCAUCAGCGAUCGCCAACGGCGGCGGGGUCGCGGCAGGCAGCCUGGUGGCCGUGCUGCAGUCCGUGGGGGCUGCCGGCCUGUCCAUGACCUCAAACGCUGCACUGGGUUCCGUGGGGUCGGUGCUCGGAGGCUACCUCGCACACAAGAGCAUCUAGAAAAGGCUCCUGCGGGCCCCCCGGGCCUCCGACACUCUGGGGAUGGCAGGAAGACAGUCCUCCAGAGCCCGGGACCCUCCCCACGCGCUUCUCUCCCCACUGGAGCUUCUGAGAAAUAAAGUCCUACUUGACCUGCC